AUGAGCCCCCUCCGCUCAUUGCUUCUUUCUGCCCUCCUAUCCAGCGUCAAUGGCGCCAUCAAGCACAACGUACCUCGACCGGAUCCAUUCGCUGACCCUAGGCAUGAUCCUUACAACCCUCUAAAAUACAUUGCAUCAAACACCUUGACUGGUAUUGCUGUAGCCCUUGUUCUUACUGUCGGUUUCCUUCAAACAUGGCUCAUCAUUAAACACGGCGCUCGGUGGAUGAUGUCGAUGACGAUAGGAAUCUAUUGCCUUUCUUUCCGAUUCGGCCUCCAUGUACAUCCACAGUCAAAAGGGAUAUACAUUAUGGAGUACCUCUUUGUCGUUCUUUCCCCAUGCGCAUUUAUUGCCGCUGAUUAUGUGCUACUUGGACGACUAGCAAAACAUUUGAAUGCAGAUAAGCACCUACUUGUUCCCAGUCGCCGAAUAACAAUCGCAUACGUUGGGUCCGAUAUCACAACCUUUCUAAUACAAGCUAUUGGUGGAGCUAUGUCCGCCUCAGCAAAUGACCCCGACAGGGCGUUAGCGGGAUCUCGGGUUUUUCUUGCGGGGCUCGCGGCACAGCUAUUGUCUUUCCUCUCUUUCUCAGGCAUAUAUCUUAUCUUUUUAUGGCGUGUUCACAAAUAUGACCCGGAUAUCUGGUCGAUGGAUACAUCGAAGAAGUGGUACAACUCAUGGAAUGCACUGGCAGGUGCAUUAUCGAUAAGCUGUCUUGGAAUUUUGGUUCGAUCUGGUUUCAGGGUCGUGGAAUUAAGCGAAGGAUUUCAGGGACCAUUGACUACGUCACAGUCGCUCUUCUAUGGAUUGGACACCUUGCCUCUCUUUGUGGCUAUUGCCGUCUAUGUCCCGUUCUGGCCAGGAAGGUUUAUACCUGGGGACGCGAACGCCAACAAGGAAUAG